UGCGAGCGUGUGUUUGGUUGCAGUGAGGUGUCGUCAUGAACUUCGCGCCGUUCACGGGUCACAUCCCGACAGCGGCGGCGAUACCGACGAUCCACCAGUUCGCAGCGAAGUUCGGAUAUGAAGGCUCCGGCGGCGGCGGCGGCGUGGUGCAGGAGACGCGCUACCAGGCGGCGGCGGGCAACAGCGUGCAGUUCGCGGUGGCGCCCGCCGGCGUGGUGGACGGCGUCAAGUUCCGGCAGGCUGAGAGCGUGGUGGUGGUGAGUGCCGCGCAGCCCGGCACCGUCGCGCUUGCCGGCAUCGCGCCCAUACACACUGUAAACUCGGGCGUGAAGUACCAGACAAUAUCGGCGUCGACAUCGUCAGUGAACCUGGGCAACAUCGCAUACGGCGGUCAGACGGGCUAUGUCCACGACUCCGUGCUGAAGGAACGAUCUGACAAGAGGGAGUACAGAGAGGAGCACCACGACUUGAUGGCGACCAUGAUGCAACAACACCAGGUGACGCAAGCGCCCCUGCAACAAGGUCAGCAGCUGCUAGUAGUGCUACACGAGCCGAAGGAGGCGGCGGCGUUGGCGCGGGCCAUCAAGCAGGAGGCCCGGCCCGACCGCGCGCAGGCCAACCAGCACAACGAGUAUAUCAGUAUCGGCGAGGUGGACUCUUCGACGUGGCAGUCUCUCGGCGGCGGCGUGGCGGACUACCUGUCAGCGCUGCCAUUGCCGUUGCACCACCUGCUGAAGUACUCCACGCCGGUCUCCGCAGUCGAGGGCAAGAGGGAGGAGCCAGCUAUAGUCGCCGUCGCUGCGAACACCUUGCCUUCAAUGUCUAGUAUUGCUUCUCCGGAGCCUCCCCAAGUGGCAUCAAACCAGAACAGCGUGCUGGUGCAGACGACGUCCAUAAUGAACCACAGCCCCACCAACACCACUACCACCAUCGUGGGACCCAAGAAGAAGAAGAAAAAGAAAGCCGCCAAGGAGAAGAAACCGAGGCCCAAGCCGGGGGAGAUACGACUUACUACUGCUUUGGACGGCAGCACGCUAUACUGCUGUCCGGAAUGUCACAUGGCGUAUCCGGAGCGAGGGCUGUUGGAACAACACCUGGUUGGACACACCAUGGAGAGGAGGUUUAUCUGCGACAUCUGCAACGCGGCGUUGAAACGCAAAGACCACCUGACUCGCCACAAGCAGUCGCACAACCCCGAGCGGCCCCACGUGUGCUCCGUCUGUCUGAAGGCGUUCAAGCGGAAGGAACAACUGACCUUGCACUUCGUCAUACACUCUGGAGAGAAACGGCAUAUCUGCAACGAGUGUGGGAAAGGAUUCUACCGUAAAGACCACCUGCGCAAGCACACGCGGUCGCAUAUCGCGCGGCGCGUGAAGGCGGAGCUGUCAGCGGGCGGGCAGGCCAGCUCGCCGCCGCUCGCGGAGCCCCCCGCCCCCGCGCCCUCCUGACAACCCUCGGACAAGGCUGACAUACUCGCCCUUAUUGCUGCUGCUAAAGAAGCUUUCUAGAUGCGUAUGAUUUUAUGUAUAUUUUACGGGCAAGUAGUGAAUGACGUCGAAGGCAUUUAAAAAAAAUGGUGGCGCUUCUUCCAAACCGCGUGCGAUGCGUCACAGUCAGAAUCUCCAAUUUACCCGAAUUAAUAAAUGGAGAUGAUAGAUAUGAGGCUGUAACACCAAACUGUAUCCCCCGAUUUUGUUAUCAUUUGGUUUAUUGAAUUGCCUCCCAAUAUGGAACCAAUUUAAAAGACGAUAUUCACGUCAAAAUAUAUUAUAUUGGUUGACAGUCGCUUCUCUAAAAAUCCAAACCUCAAGCUAGGUAAGAGGACCUCG